CCCCGAAACCGGAAAUGGGCAGCCAGGCGUCUAGUAUUUCGCAGAAAAUUUUGCCAGCCGAUACGGUCGAUUCGCUACAGUUUGAGAUCAAGAAGCAGGUACACAUAUUCUCCGAAAUCAACAAUCUCGCCUACGAAGACUUCCAGAAGUGUCUCGCCGAUCUGAACCGGCUGUCACGGAAAUGUCUCGACCCGAACGGGAAGCAGCUGGUGUUUGCGGUCAAGAAGGGUUCCGACAAUUCCAUCCUCUGGAAGCGCACCGUCCGUAUCGCGUGCGUCAAGAUUGAUCCGGCUACGAAAAAGAUCGACUGCUUCAAGCUGCUGACGCUGCAACAGUUUCUGCAGGUGUUCCGCACAUUCCAGACGAACCUGCACGCGAUGGUGACGGUCGAAAGCCAGCGAAUACAUAGUCCCGGCUCGAGUCCGUCCCGUUCGAGCGGUAGCGGCGAUACGGACAUUCCCCCGUCCAAGCGGAACGACGUCGCAACCGACCGGCCGGGCCCUAGCGCGACCCCGACAAAGCAACCGGACAUCUCACCAGCUCCGCUGUCCGCGUCCUCUUCCUCCUCCGGGUUUGUCUUUCCCGACUGUACGACCGCCUCGAUACUGAUGGCACAGGUCGACUCGAUUGCCGGCCAGCCCGAACCGGACGGUGACCAUCCGGACGAGUGUUGCAUCUGUUUGGAGCGCAAACCGGAAGUGUCGCUACCGUGUGCGCACAGCUACUGUAUGCCGUGCAUCGAGCAGUGGAACAUCCAUCAGAAAACGUGCCCAAUCUGUGACGAGGUGCUGGCCAGCACCGACGAUACCUGGGUACUGUCCGAGAUGCCCGAAGCGAACGAGGUGAGCGAAGAGAUAUGUGCCACACUGCUGAAGCUGUCGAUCGAGGCAAACGGAGAGGAAGAGGGUGAUAAAAACUGGUUGCGCCGGAUGUUGGAUUUGUGAUUUG